AUGCAGCAGCGCGAAGUCCUGCAGCAGCAGCAGCAGCAGCAGCAGCAGCAGCAGCAGCAGCAGCAGCAGCAGCAGCGGUGGUGGUGUCGGGACCAGCAGCAACAGCGCAAGUGGUCGCAGCAGCAACAGCAGCAGCAGCAGCAGCAGCAGCAGCGGCAACAGCAGCAAAAGCAGCAACAGCAGCAGCAGGACAAGCAUGAGGGCGGCGCUGCUGGAGCUGCUGCAGCUGCUGCAGCUGCUGCAGCAGCAGCGCGUUGCGCUGCGGUGCUGCAGCAGCAGCAGCAGCGCAGCAGCGACAAGCAGACAGCAGCAGCAGCGCGGGCCAGAGAGGCAGCAAAGAAGGCGCAGCAGCAGCAAAUGGUAUUUGUCUUUAAUUAA